AUGUCUCCUCCUAUGACAGUCAAUUUAAAGCAAACUUUUUAAUCAAUCAAAGAUUUUGUCAGCAAGAUUAGCUCAAGAUGGUACUCAAGAGGACCUCAUUUAUUACACAACAGAUUUUUUUACAACCCUGUUUCUCUCUCUUCCUCUCUCCUCCCUCUCACCUCCCCUUUCCCUCUCUCCCCCUCCCCCCCCUCUCUCCUGUUUCUCUCUCUUCCUCUCUCCCUCUCUCCUACCUCUCUUUCGCUCUCACCUCCCCUUUCCCUCUCUCCCGUUUUUCUCCUCUCCUCUCCCCCUCCCUACCCUCUCGCCCCUCCCUCCCCCAGGUCAUGGACUUCCCGGGCCACUUCGACCAGGUAAUGCAAAGAGCUUUAUGAUUUCUGUCUGUAAAUGGAAGAAAAAAAAACGCUCUACAAAUAAAAUGCAUUGUUCAUAAUAAUAUAAUAACAUAUGCCAUUUGGCAGACGCUUUUAUCCGAAGCCACUUACAGUCAUGCAUUCAUACAUUUUACAUGUAUGGGUGGCCCCAGCAGGAAUCGAACCCACAACCCUUUGGCGUUGCAAGCACAAUGCUCUAGCUAGCGACCGAGCCACACAUUAUUCAUAUAUUAUUCAUAUUGAUAUUAUUCAUAUUGAUAUUAUUCAUAUUGUUAUUAUUCAUAUUGAUAUUAUUCAUAUUGAUAUUAUUCAUAUUGUUAUUAUUCAUAUUGUUAUAAUUCAUAUUGUUAUUAUUCAUAUUGUUAUUAUUCAUAUUGUUAUUAUUCAUAUUGAUAUUAUUCAUAUUGUUAUAAUUCAUAUUGUUAUUAUUCAUAUUGUUAUAAUUCAUAUUGUUAUAAUUCUAGGUCUUCCAGCAGCUGAACUACCAGCGUGUCCACAGCCAGCUGUGUGACUGUGUCAUUGUGGUGGGCAGCCGCCAUUUUAAGGCCCACCGCUCGGUGCUGGCGGCUUGCAGCACUCACUUCAGGGCCCUAUUCACCGUCGCCCAGGGAGACGCCAGCAUGAACAUGAUACAACUGGACAGCGAGGUGAGGAUGAUGAUGAUGAUGAUGAUGAAGGUGGUGAUGAUUAAGAUGAUGAUGAGUUUAUAACAGGGGUGACGCAGUACGUAUCUAUGAUCCCAGUUCUAGCUCCAAGACAUCGGCAAUUUGAAAACCCCAAAAGGUUUGUGUUGAUUGAUUUGAAGCAUGUGGUGGAUGGUGGGGAUGAUGACCUCUCUGUAACUAACUUUAGCCAGGUGAAGCAAUGUUAAACAUAUGGUUACCCCCGGUGCUUGACCCGAACUCAGGCUUUACCCCGGUGCUUGACCCGAACUCAGGCUUUACCCCGGUGCUUGACCCGAACCCAGGCUUUACCCCGGUGUUUGACCCGAACUCAGGCUUUACCCCGGUGUUUGACCCGAACUCAGGCUUUACCCCGGUGUUUGACCCGAACUCAGGCUUUACCCCGGUGUUUGACCCGAACUCAGGCUUUACCCCGGUGUUUGACCUGAACUCAGGCUUUACCCCCGGUGUUUGACCUGAACUCAGGCUUUACCCCGGUGUUUGACCUGCAGGUGGUGACGGCGGAGGCGUUUGCCGCCCUGGUGGACAUGAUGUACACCUCCACCCUGAUGCUAGGGGAGAGCAACGUGAUGGACGUGCUGCUAGCUGCCUCUCACCUCCACCUGAACACCGUAGUCAAGGCCUGUAAACACUACCUGACCACCCGCACCAUGCCCAUGUCCCCGCCGGCAGACCACCGGGCCACGCAACACCGCCAGCAGCGCCAACCCACCCACGCAGACCAGCAGAGACACAGGCAGGAGACGGCAGCCGUCGAGUUAGCCGCUAACGCUAAACUAGCGGCUAACGCUAACCUAGCGGCCGACGCCGCUACGUCCAGGCUCCAGCGGUCGUUCCUGCUGCAGCAGCUGGGUCUAAGCCUGGUGAGCUCUGCCCUGGGCGGGGUGGAGGAGGAGGAUGGGGCCGGGGGCGUUAGCGGUAGCGGUGGUGUUAGCGUUAGCGGCGUAGUGGAGCAUAGAGCUUCCUUCCCCAUCCGACGCUUCCACAAGAGGAAGCCCUCCCUGAGCUUCGGCCUAUCUGAGGACAGGCCCAGGCAGAGGGCCCGCCCCCCUGGACCCCCCGGCGGGGGUGAGGAAGGGGGGCUACUCUCCCACGACUCCCGCAAGACUGCGGAGGAGGCUAAACUGGACGCGGCGAUCACUGGCCUAGCAGAGGGCGUGUCCCAGGAUGACUCCCAGAUGCCCAGCCAAUCGGACGGAGGACACUGCGAAGGGGAGGAGCAAGGGAUGGCGGAGGAGGUGGGUGUGGGGAAGGAAUCCCUGGAUGGAGGGAGUCACCAUGGUGAUGGGGUGGAGGUGAAGAUGAAGGAGGGAACGGAGGAGGAAGAGGAGGAGGAGGAAGGACGGGAGAAACAGGGAAAGGUAAUACUUCACUUGCGUCCCAAAUAGCACCCUAUUUCCUCUAAAGUGCACUACUUUAGACCAGGGCCUAUAGUGCACUACUUUAGACCAGAGCCCUUAGUGCACUACUUUAGACCAGAGCCCUUAGUGCACUACUUUAGACCAGAGAGCCCUUAGUGCACUACUUUAGACCAGAGAGCCCUUAGUGCACUACUUUAGACCAGAGCCCAUAGUGCACUACUUUAGACCAGAGAGCCCUUAGUGCACUACUUUAGACCAGAGCCCAUAGUGCACUACUUUAGACCAGAGCCCAUAGUGCACUACUUUAGACCAGGGCCUAUAGUGCACUACUUUAGACCAGAGCCCAUAGUGCACUACUUUAGACCAGAGAGCCCUUAGUGCACUACUUUAGACCAGAGCCCAUAGUGCACUACUUUAGACCAGAGAGCCCUUAGUGCACUACUUUAGACCAGAGCCCAUAGUGCACUACUUUAGACCAGAGCCCAUAGUGCACUACUUUAGACCAGAGCCCUUAGUGCACUACUUUAGACCAGAGCCCAUAGUGCACUACUUUAGACCAGAGCCCAUAGUGCACUACUUUAGACCAGGGCCUAUAGUGCACUACUUUAGACCAGAGCCCAUAGUGCACUACUUUAGACCAGGGACUAUAGUGCACUACUUUAGACCAGAGCCCAUAGUGCACUACUUUAGACCAGGGACUAUAGUGCACUACUUUAGACCAGAGCCCAUAGUGCACUACUUUAGACCAGGGACUAUAGUGCACUACUUUAGACCAGGGCCCAUAGUGCACUACUUUAGACCAGAGCCCUUAGUGCACUACUUUAGACCAGAGCCCUUAGUGCACUACUUUAGACCAGAGCCCAUAGUGCACUACUUUAGACCAGGGCCCAUAGUGCACUACUUUAGACCAGGGCCCUUAGUGCACUACUUUAGACCAGAGCCCAUAGUGCACUACUUUAGACCAGAGCCCAUAGUGCACUACUUUAGACCAGGGCCCUUAGUGCACUACUUUAGACCAGGGCCCUUAGUGCACUACUUUAGACCAGAGAGCCCUUAGUGCACUACUUUAGACCCAGAGCCCUUAGUGCACUACUUUAGACCAGAGAGCCCUUAGUGCACUGCUUUAGACCAGGGCCUAUAGUGCACUACUUUAGACCAGAGAGCCCUUAGUGCACUGCUUUAGACCAGAGCCCUUAGUGCACUACUUUAGACCAGAGAGCCCUUAGUGCACUACUUUAGACCAGAGCCUAUAGUGCACUACUUUAGACCAGGGCCCAUAGUGCACUACUUUAGACCAGAGCCCAUAGUGCACUACUUUAGACCAGGGCCUAUAGUGCACUACUUUAGACCAGGGCCUAUAGUGCACUACUUUAGACCAGAGAGCCCUUAGUGCACUACUUUAGACCAGGGCCUAUAGUGCACUACUUUAGACCAGGGCCUAUAGUGCACUACUUUAGACCAGGGCCCAUAGUGCACUACUUUAGACCAGGGCCUAUAGUGCACUACUUUAGACCAGGGCCUAUAGUGCAGGUUAAAGGGAGCCAUUUGGGACACAUGCCAUUUUAAAGAGUUAGCGAUGUAUGAAACAACUGUCUAUCCAUAAUUACCCCGGUUAAAUAAAGGAUUUUAAAAAACAAAACAACCUUGGAUAAAGUCAUGGGGUCAUGUCCUGUUGUCCUCUUUCAUGUCUCUGAGGUCCCUGCUCUCCUCCAGGUGGUGGUGAAGUGUGAGCCUCUGAGCUCCCCGGAGCCAGCUGAUGACCUCACCAUCCAGGGCAGCGAUCAGCUGAGACCUGGAGAAGGAGGAGGAGGAGGAGGAGGAGGAGGAGAAGAAGAGGGGGAGAAGGUAGAACUGAGCCCACAGAGCAGCGACCGCAGUCUCUCCUCCUCUGACCAACAGCUGCUCCAGCCCAGAUCCCAGCUCCUGCUGAAAGGAGGUAUUGGUGGGGGGAGUGGAGGUGGUUUUGGGUGUAGCGACCAUCUUGAUGGGAAGUCUGGUUUUAGGAUUUCUAGCUUCCUCAGCUCCAAGGUCUUUGGAGGCGCGGGGUCGGGGGUCGAUGCCGGGGACGACGACCUCAACACGACGACUGGCGAGGCGAUGGCAGCGGCACAUCACUUCCUGCUGAGCCCGGAACACUCUGGGACCACUAACUCCGCCUCGUCCUCGAUGCUCCGUCCCGGGUCGGCCACCCACCUGAACCUGCUGGGUGGCGACGGUCUCGGGGGAUUCUCUACAGACGCUGAUUCGCUCUUCCUGCGGCCCCUGCAUGACGGGCUGGGAAACCCCAGGGGAGGAGGAGGAGGGUUUCCAGACCUGUUCUCUCUGGACUUCCAGCGAUCCAGCCUGGGACUGCACUCCCUGGCCCGGGCCUCUAGAGGGGGCUCCCUGGGAUUUCCUGGAUACCGCCGCAUCGCACCUAAAAACGACAACAUGGGAGGAGGAGGAGCCGGGGCCGUUCUCCAAGACUCCCUGUCUUCCUCCAGUCUGGGGGAAGGGGGACCCCUGCUUCUGAACGGGUCGGGGGGUUACGAGUCAGGCCCACCCACCUCCUCCUCCUCCUCCUCCGCCCCCAACCCCCACCCCCAGCUGACCCGUGCCUCAGCGGACGUCCUCUCCAAGUGUAAGAAGGCCCUGUCCGAGCACAACGUCCUGGUAGUAGAGGGAGCCAGGAAGUACGCCUGUAGGAUCUGCUGUAAGACCUUUCUCACCCUGACCGACUGUAAGAAACACAUCAGAGUCCACACAGGGGAGAAGCCUUACGCCUGCCUCAAGUGUGGCAAGCGCUUCAGCCAGUCGUCCACCUGUACAAACACUCCAAGACCACCUGCCUGCGCUGGCAGAACAGCAACAUGCCCAACACACUGAUGUGAUCACUGUAGGAGUGAUAGAUGAUUUGGACACGUAAGAGGAGUGGACAUUUGGGGUUGGACGUUAUCCAGAUUGUAUACGUUUUGUACCGUCCUUGUGCCAUACCGGGGUAUACCGGUAUACCAGAGUAGUAGAGAAUUCCCAUAGCGGAUGCUAGCUAAAUGCUAACGAGUCAAGCGCUUCAGCCAGUCGUCCCACCUGUACAAACACUCCAAGACCACCUGCCUGCGCUGGCAGAACAGCAAUAUGCCCAACACACUGAUGUGAUCACUGUAGGAGUAGUAGAGAAUUCCCAUAGCGGAUGCUAGCUAAAUGCUAACGAGUCAAGCGCUUCAGCCAGUCGUCCCACCUGUACAAACACUCCCAAAGACCACCUGCCUGCGCUGGCAGAACAGCAACAUGCCCAACAUACUGAUGUAGAGUGGUAGGCUGGCCUGGUAGGGUUGAGUUGGAUUGGGAAAUUCCUGGGAAACUUACCAGAAGUUUUGGGAAGGUUUCUCCAUAAAUCCCGGUUGGAGGAUCAUAAAGUUACUGCUGUAGGGGAAGACCUGACCUGCUCAUUAGUCACACACCGUAGCUAAAAAAAAAAAAAAAGAUUUUCAACAAAAACAAGAGUUUGUAUUGGACAAUUGGUUCCGUUUUGGUUCCUUGUAAAUACAGCCCUGCUAGGUAGGUUUGAGUUUCUAAAAAAUGUCCAGAAAUACUCCCAGGUCUAAAUCCGUUUCUGAUUAGAGGGGAAGAAUGGAAAAUAGCAGUGGAACUGGCUUUGAUUGUCCAGAUUAGAAUCUGAAGGGGUCUAUACAGUAUCACCUGUACUUUGUCUAGAGUGGACUCAGGACUCACUGCCUUUAACCUUCUACAGUCUCAGCCCUGUCUGUUCAACUGGUACCGGGGGGGGACCUUGUGAGGCCUGUGGGCCCGCCUAGAACAGAACCGACAUGUUGGUGAGAGUCUCACCUUUCCACAGAUGGGGUCAUAUUGGUGUGUGGGCCCCAAACUGUUCGGAACGCUGCCAAGACAGAAGUCGGCAGAUCGGCCGAGUCCCCAAGACGCUUUCGGGAGUCAUCUGACAAACCACCGCUCUUUCACCGCAGAUGUGGAAGUGUGACAUCGGUGGAUUGAGACUCAUCCAAAUACAAAAAUAUCUCUUAACUUAAACUGACAGAUUUUUAUGGGGAUUUUUUAUAUUAUGCUAAUUAUUUUUUUGCGUGGGCUGUGGAAAAAUCGACACUAGGAGUUAAUAGACUCAAAGCUAGAGACAAACACUUUCAUCCAAAGCGACUUUACAGUAGUGUGUGCAUGUCUAUGGGUGGCCCCCAGCAGGAAUCGAACCCACAACCCUGGUGUUGCAAGUGCCAUGUUCUACCAACCGAGCCAAACAGGACCGUUGACAGAUGCGAUCGCUUUAGAAAAGGAGUCCCUUCAGGAUGGGGGGGAGAUGGAACCCUGUUGUGUUCCUAUUGGAACCAUGUUCAGAACCUUUCUGAAACAGGACUUCAGAUUCAGAACAGUCCUGAAGCUGAAACCUGGAUAGGGAGAUUCAGAACAGUCCUGAAGCUGAAACCUGGCAAGGGAGAUUCAGAACAGUCCUGAAACUGAAACCUGGCUAGGGAGAUUCAGAACAGUCCUGAAGCUGAAACCUGGAUAGGGAGAUUCAGAACAGUCCUGAAGCUGAAACCUGGCUAGGGAGAUUCAGAACAGUCCUGAAACUGAAACCUGGCUAGGGAGAUUCAGAACAGUCCUGAAGCUGAAACCUGGAUAGGGAGAUUCAGAACAGUCCUGAAGCUGAAACCUGGCAAGGGAGAUUCAGAACAGUCCUGAAACUGAAACCUGGCUAGGGAGAUUCAGAACAGUCCUGAAGCUGAAACCUGGAUAGGGAGAUUCAGAACAGUCCUGAAGCUGAAACCUGGCUAGGGAGAUUCAGAACAGUCCUGAAACUGAAACCUGGAUAGGGAGAUUCAGAACAGUCCUGAAGCUGAAACCUGGAUAGGGAGAUUCAGAACAGUCCUGAAGCUGAAACCUGGCUAGGGAGAUUCAGAACUGAAACUGAAACCUGGAUAGGGAGAUUCAGAACAGUCCUGAAGCUGAAACCUGGAUAGGGAGAUUCAGAAAAGUCCUGAAGCUGAAACCUGGCUAGGGAGAUUCAGAACAGUCCUGAAGCUGAAACCUGGCUAGGGAGAUUCAGAACAGUCCUGAAGCUGAAACCUGGAUAGGGAGAUUCAGAACAGUCCUGAAGCUGAAACCUUGAUAGGGAGAUUCAGAACAGUCCUGAAACUGAAACCUGGAUAGGGAGAUUCAGAACAGGCCUGAAACUGAAACCUGGAUAGGGAGAUUCAGAAAAGUCCUGAAGUUGAAACCUGGCUAGGGAGAUUUAGAAAAGUCCUGAAGCUGAAACCUGGAUAGGGAGAUUCAGAAAAGUCCUGAAGCUGAAACCUGGCUAGGGAGAUUCAGAACAGUCCUGAAGCUGAAACCUGGCUAGGGAGAUUCAGAACAGUCCUGAAACUGAAACCUGGAUAGGGAGAUUCAGAACAGGCCUGAAGCUGAAACCUGGCUAGGGAGAUUCAGAACAGUCCUGAAGUUGAAACCUGGCUAGGGAGAUUCAGAACAGUCCUGAAGCUGAAACCUGGCUAGGGAGAUUCAGAACAGUCCUGAAGCUGAAACCUGGAUAGGGAGAUUCAGAACAGUCCUGAAGCUGAAACCUGAUAGGAGAUUCAGAACAGUCCUGAAACUGAAACCUGGAUAGGGAGAUUCAGAACAGCCUGAAACUGAAACCUGGAUAGGGAGAUUCAGAACAGGCCUGAAACUGAAACCUGGAUAGGGAGAUUCAGAAAGUCCUGAGUUGAAACCUGGCUAGGGAGAUUUAGAAAGUCCUGAAGCUGAAACCUGGAUAGGGAGAUUCAGAAAAGUCCUGAAACUGAAACCUGGCUAGGGAGAUUCAGAACAGUCCUGAAACUGAAACCUGGUAGGGAGAUUCAGAACAGUCCUGAAGCUGAAACCUGGAUAGGGAGAUUCAGAACAGUCCUGAACUGAAACCUGGAUAGGGAGAUUCAGAACAGUCCUGAAGCUGAAACCUGGUAGGGAGAUUCAGAAAAGUCCUGAAGCUGAAACCUGGCUAGGGAGAUUCAGAACAGUCCUGAAGCUGAAACCUGGUAGGGAGAUUCAGAACAGUCCUGAAGCUGAAACCUUGAUAGGAGAUUCGAACAGUCCUGAAAUGAAAACCUGGAUCGGGAGAUUCACCAGGCUUGAACUGAAACCUGGAUGGAGAUUCAGAAUGUCCUGAAGUUGAAACCUGGAUAGGAGAUUUAGAAAAGUCUGAAGCUAAACUGCUAGGGAACAGAAAGUCUGAGCUGAAACUGGGAGGGAACAGAAUCUGAAAGAAGGAUAGGAGAUCAGACGGCAUGUGAAACCGCUAGGAGAUAGACAGUCCUGGUUGAGACUGCUAGGCCAUCAGACAUCACUGAAGCUGAAACCUGGAGUGGGAAUUCAGAACAUCGAGACUGAACCUGAUGGGAGGAUCAGAACAGUCUUAGCGAACCUGAUAGGAGAUUCAAACAGUCUGACGAACCUAUAGGGAGAUCAACAGCCUGAAUGAACCCUGGAUGGAAUUCAAAAAGUCCUGAGUUGACCCGGCUAGGGAUAUUUUAGUAAAACAGUCUGAGCUGAACCUGGAUAGGGAGAUUCAGAAAAGUCCUGAAACUGAACCUGUAGGGAGAAAACAGUCUGAAGCUGAGAACCUGGUAGGGAGAUUCAGAACAGUCCUGAACUGAACCUGGAUAGGGAGAUUCGACAGCCUAGCUGAAUCCUGAUAGGGUUCAAACUCGUAACUUCCCCAAACAGGUUUCAGAAACCGGCUGGAGAUUCAGGUUCCUGACUUACUGGAAACCUGAUAAUUUUUGGAUUGUGCAACGCUAAACUGAAGUUGCUUUUGGGGAGACGAAUUAGUGAGAUGAGGGAUACAAACAGCUGCUGAUUCGCCCAUUGUCAUUCAUUUAAAUGACAGUAUGGGUUGAAAGAGCACUACAUGGGACAGCUAUGGGGACCAUUUCCUCUUAUGGUCCUUUAAAAACAGAUCUGGGACCAGGCUAUGAGGGAUCAUUUCCUCUUAUGGGCCUUUAAAACAGAUCUGGGACAGCUAUGAAGGACAUUUCCUCUUAUGUCCUUUAAAAACAGAUCUGGACCCAGGCAUGAGGGAUCAUUCCUCUAUGGUCCUUUAAAAACAGAUCUGGGACCCAGGCUAUGAGGGGAACAUUUCCUCUUAUGGUCCUUUAAAAACAGGUCUGGGAACCAGGCUAUGAGGGGACCAUUUCCUCUCAAGGUCCUUUAAAAACAGGUCUGGGACCAGGCUAGGAGAGGACCACUUCUUCUCCUGGUCCUUUACAUUCAUGUCAAAGUCAGAUGUUUACAUUUUUUUUAAAUAUGGAGUUGCCUUUUCAUCGGUGCACCUUUUUGAAUGAAACACCCUAUUCCCUAUAUAGUGCACUACUUUUGACCAGGACCCAAAGGGUAGUAGUGGACUACAUAGGGAACAUGGGGACCCUUAUCCCCUCUCCUCACAGGACAAAACAUUAGAAAUGUAAAUAUUGCACAUUUAAAAUAUUGGCUUUAACACUUUCCUCUGCGAGGGGGACAUCAAAUAGAACCAGUGUCUAUAACUAGAGCCUGGAGUAUCUCCUGGUCAGGUCACAUGAUCAGGGAUUACUCUGGGCCCCAGUUAACUAUAACAUAGUGUUGUUGGUUACUAGAUGUCGUGGAACAGUUUGGUACAGUAUCUGUGCUUCUUAAAUGUAUUUUUAAUACAUCGAUCUAACACUUCAACUGUAACAUAAUCUUUAGACAAUACUAUAUAUAUACAGUGGGGAGAACAAGUAUUUGAUACACUGCCGAUUUUGCAGGUUUUCCUACUUACAAAGCAUGUAGAGGUCUGUAAUUUCUAUCAUAGGUACACUUCAACUGUGAGAGACUGAAUCUAAAACAAAAAUCCAGAAAAUCACAUUGUAUGAUUUUUAAGUAAUUAAUUUGCAUUUUAUUGCAUGACAUAAGUAUUUGAUCACCUACCAACCAGUAAGAAUUCCGGCUCUCACAGACCUGUUCGUUUUUCUUUAAGAAGCCCUCCUGUUCUCCACUCAUUACCUGUAUUAACUGCACCUGUUUGAACUCGUUACAUGUAUAAAAGACACCUGUCCACACACUCAAUCAAACAGACUCCAACCUCUCCACAAUGGCCAAGACCAGAGAGCUGUGUAAGGACAUCAGGGAUAAAAUUGUAGACCUGCAUAAGGCUGGGAUGGGCUACAGGACAAUAGGCAAGCAGCUUGGUGAGAAGGCAACAACUGUUGGUGCAAUUAUUAGAAAAUGGAAGAUGUUCAAGAUGACGGUCAAUCACCCUCGGUCUGGGGCUCCAUGCAAGAUCUCACCUCGUGGGGCAUCAAUGAUCAUGAGGAAGGUGAGGGAUCAGCCCAGAACUACACGGCAGGACCUGGUCAAUGACCUGAAGAGAGCUGGGACCACAGUCUCAAAGAAAACCAUUAGUAACACAUUACGCCGUCAUGGCUGCAGCGCACGCAAGGUCCCCCUGCUCAAGCCAGCGCAUCUCCAGGCUCGUCUGAAGUUUGCCAAUGACCAUCUGGAUGAUCCAGAGGAGGAAUGGGAGAAGGUCAUGUGGUCUGAUGAGACAAAAAUAGAGCUUUUUGGUCUAAACUCCACUCGCCGUGUUUGGAGGAAGAAGAAGGAUGAGUACAACCCCAAGAACACCAUCCUAACCGUGAAGCAUGGAGGUGGAAACAUCAUUCUUUGGGGAUGCUUUUCUGCAAAGGGGACAGGACGACUGCACCGUAUUGAGAGGAGGAUGGAUGGGGCCAUGUAUCGCGAGAUCUUGGCCAACAACCUCCUUCCCUCAGUAAGAGCAUUGAAGAUGGGUCGUGGCUGGGUCUUCCAGCAUGACAACGACCCGAAACACACAGCCAGGGCAACUAAGGAGUGGCUCCGUAAGAAGCAUCUCAAGGUCCUGGAGUGGCCUAGCCAGUCUCCAGACCUGAACCCAAUAGAAAAUCUUUGGAGGGAGCUGAAAGUCCGUAUUGCCCAGUGACAGCCCCGAAACCUGAAGGAUCUGGAGAAGGUCUGUAUGGAGGAGUGGGCCAAAAUCCCUGCUGCAGUGUGUGCAAACCUGGUCAAGACCUACAGGAAACAUAUGAUCUCUGUAAUUGCAAACAAAGGUUUCUGUACCACAUAUUAAGUUCUGCUUUUCUGAUGUAUCAAAUACUUAUGUCAUGCAAUAAAAUGCAAAUUAAUUACUUAAAAAUCAUACAAUGUGAUUUUUAGGAUUUUUGUUUUAGAUUCCGUCUCUCACAGUUGAAGUGUACCUAUGAUAAAAAUUACAGACCUCUACAUGCUUUGUAAGUAGGAAAACCUGCAAAAUCGGCAGUGUAUCAAAUACUUGUUCUCCCCACUGUAUAUUACCCUAACCCCCCCCCCCCCCCAAAAAAAAGCUUAGACUGCUAAUAAGAAUGUUGGAUUAUGUGGUUCUGUGUUUCCGUGGCAAUGUGUUGGACCGGUAACGUUGUUACCGUACUGAGUUCUGUUGUAGUUAAACUGACCGACUGGUCAGAGGACGACCUCGCUAUUUAGUGCACUAGAAAGAAACUAGGGUGGCAUUUGAGAGUCGCUCAGUGUGGAUGGGUAGCCGGGGUAACUAGUGGAAACCUUAAGGCCGUGGAGUCUUCACACUGUCACUCAGUAUGUGCUAAAAGACUUUAAGAGGUUUCCUUAUACUUAUUUUCCACCAUAAUUUGCAAAUAAAUUCAUUAAAAAAUCCUACAAUGUGAUUUUCUGGAUUUUUUUUUUCUCCACAUUUUGUCUGUCAUAGUUGACGUGUACCUAUGAUGAAAAGUACAGGCAGAAACUGAAACAACCUGGAUAGGGAGAUUUAGAACCAGUCCUGAAACUGAAACCUGGCUAGGGAGAUUCAGAACAGUCCUGAAGCAGAAACUGGCUAGGGAGAUUCAGAACAGUCCUGACGCUGAAACCUGGAUAGGGGAUUCAGAACAGCCCCUGAAGCGGGAAACCUGGCUAGGGAGUUUCAAAACAGUCCUGAAGCUGAAACCUGGAUAGGGAGAUCAGAACGUCCUGAAGCUGAACCUGGAUAGGGAGAUUCAGAACAGUCCUGAAGCUGAAACCUAGAUAGGGUUGCAAAACUCCGAUAACUUUCCCCAAAUUCCCAGGUUUUCCAGAAAUCCUGGCUGGAGGAUUCAGGAUUUCCUGCUUACUGGAAAACCUGAUAAUUUUGGGGAAUUGUGCAACGCUAAACCUGGAGCUUGGCUUGGGGAGGAGAACAGAGAUCUAAAGGAGAGAGGGUGGACUAGCCUGAGAGACAGCCUGUCUGUGCUGUCUUGCCCCACUCCUUGUCAUUCAUUGUAAAUGACGGUAAUGGAGUUGGAAAGAGCACAUACAGAUCUGGGACCCAGGCUAUGAGAGGAUCAUUUCCUCUUAUGGUCCUUUAAAAACAGGUCUGGGACCAGGCUAUGAGGGGACCAUUUCCUCUUAUGGUCCUUUAAAAACAGAUCUGGGACCCAGGCUAUGAGGGGAUCAUUUCCUCUUAUGGUCCUUUAAAAACAGAUCUGGGACCAGGCUAUGAGGGGAUUAUUUCCUCUUAUGGUCCUUUAAAAACAGAUCUGGGACCAGGCUAUGAGAGGGGACCAUUUCCUCUUAUGGUCCUUUAAAAACAGAUCUGGGACCCAGGCUAUGAGAGGGGACCAUUUCCUCUUAUGGUCCUUUAAAAACAGGUCUGGGACCCAGGCUAGGAGAGGUCCUUUACAUUCAUGUCAAAGUCAGAUGUUUUAUUUUUUUUUAAAUAUGGAGUUGCCUUUUCAUCGGUGCACCUUUUUGAAUGAAACACCCUAUUCCCUAUAUAGUGCACUACUUUAGACCAGGACCCAUAGGGUAGUAGUGGACUACAUAGGGAACAUGGGGGACCCUUAUCCCCUCUCCUCACAGGACAAAACAUUAGAAAUGUAAAUAUUGCACAUUUAAAAUAUUGGCUUUAACACUUUCCUCUGCAAGGGGACAUCAAAUAGAACCAGUGUCUAUAACUAGAGCCUGGAGUAUCUCCUGGUCAGGUCACAUGAUCAGGGAUUACUCUGGGCCCCAGUUAACUAUAACAAUAGUGUUGUUGGUUACUAGAUGUCGUGGAACAGUUUGGUACAGUAUCUGUGCUUCUUAAAUGUAUUUUUAAUACAUCGAUCCAACACUUCAACUGUAACAGUCUUUAGACAAUACUAUAUAUAUAUAUUACCCUAAACCCCCCCCCAAAAAAAAAAAAAAAGCUUAGACUGCUAAUAAGAAUGUUGGAUUGUGUGGUUCUGUGUUUCCGUGGCAAUGUGUUGGACCGGUAACCGUUGUUACCGUACUGAGUUCUGUUGUAGUUAAACUGACCGACUGGUCAGAGGACGACCUCGCUAUUUAG